AAAAUGAAUACACAAGAUUUCAAUUUUAAAUGGGAUAUUAAUCAUAUAAUUGAUAAAACAAGAUUUUCAGAAGAAAAUGAAAAACCAAUACAACUUUCAAACAAUGACUUAACAGCAUCAAGACACGAAAGAGCUCAAGGUGAUGAUUACCCUCCAGUAAGAAUUUUUUCAAACAAUUUUAUAUCUUUAGAUUAUCUAAUGAAGAAUCAUUUUGCUCAAUGGUCGAUUCAUAUAGACUCUACCCAUGGUUUCAUCGAAGUGGGUAUUAUAGAGCCCUCAUCCCAAUCUACUUUUUUUAUUAAAGGUUUUAAAAACGAAGCUCAGCAUGAAACUGCAAAGGAUAUUAAAACCUUUGAAUUUGGUGAGACCUAUACAACUGGUGAUACUAUCAAAAUCAAAUUAGAACUAAACCCAACAACAUCAACCUCACAAUCAAAAACUAUCUCCCUAUAUCUAUUUAAAAAUGAUAAAUCAUUGGGCCUUCCCUUUAAAGAUAUUCAAAUAGACGAAAAUACCAAACUUUACCCAAUGGCAGGAUUAAAUGAUGAUGGUGAUAAAAUUUCAAUUGUCAGAUAAACAAUAGUAAUAAAUAAUAAAUAAAAAAUAUAAAUUUGUUUUUAUUGUUUUUAAUUUU